AUGCCAAUCAUCGCUCAAAAACGAUCAGCUGAAACCAGCUUAGUUGCUGUUCCACAAGUCGCUAAAAGAUCAAGAAAUGAUGAGAUUCAAACUUUCAAAGAUAAACAACUUGCUGAACAAGGAAUUCAUCGAGUUUCCAACUUAUUCUCACCUAUAAUGAAGCUUGAUGGACAUGAAAGUGACAUAUUUACUUGUGAAUUCAACUCUGAAGGAGAUUAUUUAGCAUCAUCCGGAUUUGAUCGAAAAAUAUUCUUAUGGUCAGUUUAUGGCGAAGAAUGUCAAAAUGUAUCAGUUAUGUCUGGUCACAAAGGUGCAGUUAUGGAAUUGCAUUUCAGUCCAAGUGGCGAAAGCAUUUACACUUGCUCCACUGAUAAGUUUGUAAGUGUUUGGUCUGUUGAAACCGGACAGAGGAUAAGGAAGAUGAAAGGACAUCAAAACUUUGUAAAUUCAAUCGAAAAUGCUCGACGUGGUGUUGAAACACUGGUUAGCGGAAGUGACGAUAACAUGAUAAAGUUAUGGGACGCUCGCAAGAAAUUUGUUUGUCAUACAUUGGAUAACGCUUAUCAAGUUACAGCCGUUUGUUUAAACGACACAGCAGAGCAGGUGAUCUCAGGUGGAAUAGAUAACGACAUAAAAAUAUGGGACUUUAGAAAGAACGAAGUUCUUUACAAAUUGAAGGGUCACACAGAUACAAUUACUGGGCUUGCACUUUCUCCAUGCGGUUCCUACGUUCUCUCUAAUUCAAUGGACAGUACAUUGCGAAUUUGGGAUAUCAGACCAUUUUGUCCUCAAGAUAGAUGUAAAGCUGUUCUCCAAGGUCAUUCCCACAACUUCGAAAAGAAUCUGUUAAGAUGUGCAUGGUCUAAAGAUGGAACGUUAGUCUCUGCAGGAUCAGCUGAUCGAUUUAUGUACAUUUGGGAUGUUAAUUCAAAGAAAAUCGCAUUUAAACUCCCAGGACAUUGCGGAUCUGUAAACGAUGUUGAUUUUCAUCCUAAAGAGCCCAUUGUAUUGUCGGGAUCAUCAGAUAAAACGCUUUAUAUGGGUGAAUUGGAACUUUAAUUGGUAAUGCGACAUUUUUUUAGCUAUUAAGCCACAGUUUCAAACAUUAAACAAAAAAAUAAAAUGAUUGAAAAAAUUAAUGCUCUGUUUUAAAUUGAUGACGCAAGCAGUGUGAGUGAGAAAGUUUCAUUUCGAAUUUUCUCAG